UCGACCUCAACCCCAACUUCAACCGACGAGAGAAUAUCAGAAUAGGUUGGGUCGGGUCACUAGAGCACAAAAUGCCCUGGCCUGCAAGUUGUUUAUCACUGUAAUUCUCUCUCUCUCUCUCUCUCUCUCGCUUGGACUAACGGAGUUAUGGGCGGCGAAGUGCGGUACGAGAUCGCCCAAAAUGCCUACAUCAAAGUCGUUCUCCAUGCCCUAAAGCACAAGACCUCCGCCGUCAACGGCGUCCUCCUCGGCCGUCUCUCUGGCCCCGACAACUCCGUCGAGAUCACGGACGCCGUCCCUCUCUUCCACUCCCACAUCGCCCUCCUCCCUCCCCUUGAGAUUGCUCUCAUUCAGAUAGAGGAGUACUAUGGAGCUCAAGGUUUGAGCAUCGUUGGCUACUUCCACGCCAACGAGAGAUUCGAUGAUUUAGAGCUCGGUAACGUUGCCAAGAACAUUGGUGAUUACAUUUAUCGCUACUUCUCCCAAGCCGCUUUGCUCUUGUUAGAUAACAAGAAACUCGAAGAUUUGUCAGGAGGGAAGGACAGGAGCCCUGUGAUGCAGCUUUACACAAGAGAUUCAUCCAAGAGUUGGAAGCUUGUUGGAUCAGAAGGAAGCAACAGAUUGAUCAUGAAGGAGCCAUCAGCAAAUAUAGUACUAAUGGACUAUAUUUCAUCUAAAAAAUGGCACGAAAUCAUUGAUUUUGAUGACCACCUUGAUGACAUUAGCAAGGACUGGCUGAAUGCUGACCUAUUCAAAUAAUUGUAAGCACUUGGCAUGUUAGCAUGGCAGGGCCAGGGAAGGACUUGGAGACAUCAUUUGAUUUGCUUAUUAUGUGUUCCUUUCUCCAGACUAGCUUAUAAGUUAUGGGUGACGUUGGAAUUUUGUUCAGUCUUUGGGUUUGUAGAGAAGGGCACUGAAUGUGCUGCUUUGGCAUUGUUUAGGUGGAGGAUUGUUUUUAUUUCUAACCAUAUGAUCUUAAUGGUACACUCCUUUUUAUUUUAUUUUUUUGAGAAUAAAAACUCUUUGAAUUGGCAUA